AUGAGUAAUACAUCGAUAUGUUUAAUUAACUAUUGUGUUAAUAAUGGUUUAUGUUUUACAAAUGGUACCACGGAAGAAUGUGUAUGUCACCGAUGUACUACUGGUCAACAUUGUGAAGUUAAGUAUAAUUAUUUAGCUCUAUCAUGGGCACCCACAAUGUCAACUGAUAUUGCUCAUACACAAUCGAAACAUGAACAAUUUAAUUUGAAAUUUAGUUAUGUAUUUAUUGUUAGUUGUAUGGUAU